UUCUUGUCUACUCCGUACUCCUAUUCUAUUGCUGCUCUUCCCCCUCUUCUAUCUGUCCUCCUUCAAUUCAAUCGUCUCCUGACUGUCGGCUCAACAAAUUUCUUGUUUCUUUGUAUUGCCUUUUGAAUUUUCUUUCUUUGUACUUAUUACCCAUAUCCCCGCCAUGAGACGCUUCGGGCUAAAGAAAUCGGACGACGGUGACGAGGAAUCCUCCAACCGCUUAGCCCUUUUCGGGUCCAGGUCGAAGAGCAAGAGUCCUGCACCUCCUGCACCACCUGCUUCGAAUCCUUAUGCAAAGCCCAUUCCCACGGACCCUUAUACAAGAGCCAAGAUCAAUGCAGGAGUAGCUCCUCCCCCUCCUGGCAUGCAGCCUGGUGGACCCGCGAACUCCCAGCCCAGCAGCGGAAUCCCUGGCGAUAACAAAUACCAAGGCUAUGCACCGAAUACAUAUGGUAAUCAGAGCGGAUAUGGAGCGGAUCGUUAUGGUGGCAGCGGAGGCGCUCCUUCAGCUUCCCGAUAUGGCCCCGGCGGCUAUGGUGGAUUGGGCAGCGCCGAUCCUAAUGACCCCGCUGCGGGAGACGACAACCGAGCUGCGCUGUUUGGAGGGGCAAGGGAAAGAGCAGAGACACAACAACCUGGGGCUCCCCCGCCGUAUUCUGAGCCAUCCGCUGGCUACGGCGGUACCGGUACUGCGUAUACCUCUGCUACCUACCAGGAACGGCAGCUCACAGCAGAGGAGCAGGAGGAGGAGGAAAUUCAGACAGUCAAACAAGAUAUUCGAUUCAUCAAGCAAGGUGAUGUCUCCUCCACUCGUAAUGCCCUUCGCAUUGCAGCACAAGCGGAGGAGACCAGCCGAGAGACCCUCGCCCGCCUUGGUGCUCAGAGUGAGAUGAUUCAUGACUCAGAGAAGCAUCUAGAUGUGGCAGGUGUGGAGGGGCGUAUUGCAGACGAAAAGGCCAGAGAGCUAAAGACGCUAAACAAGAGCAUGUUUGCCGUGCAUGUGUCAAACCCCUUCACUAGCGCCCAGCGUAAACGAGAUCGUGAUGAACGUGUUCUCAGCACACACAAACAGGAACGCGAUGCCCGUGCCGGGACCCGAAGCGAGGCAUUUCAAACCACCGCACGCAUGGAACGCACAUUCAGAGAUAUUGAACGAGAAUCGAACAAAGCUGAACGGGGCAGGAAGGCAAAUGUCACCGAACGUGCCAAGUAUCAGUUCGAGGCCGACAGCGAGGAUGAGGCUAUGGAGGAUGAAAUCGAGCAGAACUUGGAUCUGUUGGCAGGUGCAACAGGCAGAUUGAACCUUCUCGCCAAGGCGACGGGUCGUGAAUUGGACGAGCAGAACAGACACCUAGAGCGUAUCAUGAACAAGAGCGAAAAUGUCGACGAACAGCUGGCCAUGAACCGUGCCAGGUUGGACCGCAUCCGUUAACCCUACUAAUUCUAUGACUGCCUGGUGCGGUCACUCCUAAUUUUGAUGCCAACUCCCCAGUUUUACCCUAACCACCCAUCUUUUGGCAUUCUUGGUCCUCCUUGGCUCCGUUGUUGCUAGGCUCUACUUAUUCAUGCUGUGGAUCAAGUAAUAUAAAUGUGCAUAGACUAUUUUUCUCACUUCACUGGUGUAACUAAGUUCACUACAUCGCCUAGAUAUAAAAUUUUUCAAUCAAGAAAGCCCAAUAACGCCUACCUACGAAAUCUAGAUUUUGGUGCAAGGUCGUGACCACAACUGCAUCAAAGGCCCAUCUCUUCAGCGCAACUCAGCUCUAACCACAGCAUUCAUGGGUAUUAGGGUGAAAAUGGCUCGUGCUAAUCAUCUCAUACAUGACGUUCUUUAGAUGCAAACCCGCUUUUCCCAUUUAUGAGCCGGGAGAAACUUGAUCACUUCAUAUUCAGUUAAGGGAAGGGGGGAGAACAUUCCUAUAGUUCUGUAAG